AUUCCGAGCUCGUGCUGUGCCGGCCUGGAAGUUGCAGUCUUGGAGACUACCCAGUUCCCAAAACAGAAGAAGCAUCGGCUACAGAACAGAAGCAUCACAAUGUUUUCCCGUCCGGUUCAGACUCCGUAGUCCACAAGCAACGAUCGGCCCCUCCCUCGCUCCCUCGGAUUCGUCUUCGUCUUCCUCUUCUUCUUCUCCGAGAGCGAUAUAAACAGCGGAGGGGAGAGAAAGAGGCGAGUCAUCCGUCACCCAUCAACCUCCUCCAGCCAACGAAGCAGCUGCCUAGUCGGCAGCAGCCAGCCAUGGGGUUCUUCACCAGGAGCACCUCCAAGCAGACCGCCAAGCUCAAGUCCCUCGUCAAGCUCGCGCUGGCGCGCCUCGCCGUCGUGCGCCGGCCCCGCGUCGGCCGCCGCUCCAUCGCCCGCGGCGACGUCGCGCAGCUGCUCUCCAUCGGCCACCUCGACCGCGCGCUCGUCCGCGCCGGCCAGGUCCUCGAGGAGGACGACGCGCUGGCGGCGCUCGACGUCCUCGAGCUCUACUGCAGGCUCCUCGUCGACCACGCCGCCCAGCUCGACAAGCCAAAGGAGUGCAGCGAGGAGAUCAAGGCGGCGGCCGCGGGCCUCAUCUACGCGUCGGCGCGGUGCGGCGAGCUGCCCGAGCUGCUGGACGCGCGCGCCAUCCUGGCGGACAAGUUCGGCCGCGACUUCGCCGCCGCGGCCCGGGACGGCGCGCCCGGCGUCGUCGACCCCACGCUGGUGCAGAAGUUGUCCGGCCAGGGUGCAACCGCGGAGCAGAUGCGGAGGCUGGCCAAGGAGAUCGCCGCCGAGAACGGCAUCUUGCUCGAGUUCCCGGAGGACACCAGAGAGGUUCCUCACGCUCAGGGGAAACAGAGUGAGCAAGCCAAGAUGAGCGUGCCGGCUGCGAAAUCCGUCGAACAGGCUGAGAUAAAGACGGAACCUUGCGUGGUCCAGGACAGACAGAGGCCUGCUUAUCAGAGCGUGAACCGGCCGAGUCUCGCGCAGCUGAGCGCGGAGGAGAAGGUGCCGAGGGAAUCCAAGCAGUACCGCGAUGUCAGGAUGGCGGCGGAGGCGGCCUUCGAGUCGGCGUCGUUCGCGGCGAUGGCAGCCCGGGCGGCCGUGGAGCUGUCUCGGACGGAGUCGCAGGGGAAGGGGUGGAGAGGCAGCGGCGGCGGCGGCGGCGGCGGCGGCAACGAUAAGGUUCAUCCUCUGCAGAGCUCGGGCGCAACCCAGCAAGAAACGCGGCCGCCAGGGAAGGCUCCGUCGCCGUUGCCGUCCCCGUCCUGGAGCGACCACAGCACGGUGUCCUCGGUCUGGUCGGACCCGCCGCAGAAGGGCAAGACCGUCGUGUUCGACGAGAGCGACGAAGAAGACGAGGACGAGGUGGUGGAGGACCUCGUACGGAUUCCGCAGCUGCGCCGGCCCCCCUACGGCAGGGCUGCCUCCACGGCGGGCGUCGGCGCGGGCCACACGGACGGUUCACGGCGCGCGGCGUCCGGCGAGGCGGGCGCGCUCCAGGACGGCGUGUCCAACGGCUCGCAGCACGCGACGCACAGGAGGCACGCCUCGGAGCUGGCCGGCGGCAACGCGCACCACAGCGAGGAGGUCCAGGGCCAGCGCGGCGUGUACAGGGCUCCUCCGCCUCCGUACAGGAGGAACCCCUCUGCGGCCAACGGCAACGGCCAGACCGACGGAACGCGGCGCGCCGGGGACGUCGACGGCGGGCGGCCGCGUGCGCAGCAGGUCGGCGGCGCGUACGAGAGCUCAGCGUACGUGGCGCGCGCGCCGUACGCGAGGAUCGCGUCGGCGCUGGAGGGCGGCAACGAGCACAUCGCGCGGCACGAGGAGGUGCGCAGGAUCGGCACCGACGCGCGGGUGCUGCAGGAGAAGCUCUACGGCCCCGCCGCGCCGGGGCCGGGACGCGCGCCGAUGACGCCGGAGCGGAGGGCCAUCUCGGUUCGCACGAGGAGGUGAAGACGGUUUCAGUUUAGCACGGUAGCUCGCCGUCGUCGUCGCCGGCGCGGUGGCGGGCUCUAGUGGAUUGAUGAGGAAAUCCAGGAUUGCUGAAAUUUUUGUACAGUUAGGAAGUGAGGGUAGUAGCAUUGUGACAUUGUCGAUUGAUGAAGAGCAUGAUAUUGCCUGUGUUCAUCACAUUUGGCCGGAGCUCAGAGCCAAGGUGAUCGGCGACGUACGGCUUUGUGUUGCCGCCGAUCCGGCCAUCGUCCAUGCACGCCGUCGUGCUGGUCACCUGGCGCAGACUCUGGACCACAGUUUACGGCUUACCAAA